AUGUUGGCCGCACGACUGGCUCGGGCCAUCGCUCGCCCUCUUCCCCAGUGCAGGAGAAUCUCGUCCACACCAUGUCGGAGAUCAGACGCUCUUUUCAUGCACCGCGAUACGCCGUAUAACAACCCCAAGAUCGCCUUUGAGUUCAGCUCGGAGAACUUGAAGCGCGCGCAGGAGAUCAUCGCGCACUACCCGCCGCAAUACAAGAAGGCCGCCGUCAUCCCGCUGCUCGACCUCGCCCAGCGGCAGAACAAGGGCUGGACGAGCAUCAGCGUCAUGAACUACGUCGCCAAGCUGCUCGAGAUGCCGCCCAUGCGCGUGUACGAGGUCGCAACGUUCUACACCAUGUUCAACCGUGAGCCGAUCGGCGAGAACUUUGUCCAGGUCUGCACCACGACGCCGUGCAUGCUCCGCGGGUCGUAUGAGAUCCUCGACACCGUCUGCCAACACCUCGGCGGCAUCAAGCCGGGCGAAACGACCAAGGACGGCAAGUUCACCGUGAUCGAGGUCGAGUGCCAGGGCGCGUGCAGCAAUGCGCCAAUGCUAGUCGUGAACGACGACUUUUAUGAGGAUCUCACCUCAGCUACAACGAAGAAAGUGCUGGACGCAUUCACCAAGGGCGAGAAGCCAAAACCCGGCCCCCAGAGUGGUCGUCAUACGAGUGAGAACUCGGCUGGCCUCACCGCGCUGGCGUCAAAGCCGUACGGUCCUGGCGAGUUCUGUACAGAGGAGUUCCGGUAG